AUGACAAGUUGUGAGCCUUUGGUGAUAAGUGCUAAAGUCAAAUGCGGUGCCAACUUUGGUGUGUUGAAUCCAACACAAAAUCAUAGCACCUAUUUCAAAGUAAUAAAUUUCCAUGACAAUAAAUGUUCUUUAGAAACCAAUCAUGGCUUAAAUCUUCAAGGAAACAAACAAACUAUGUUGUCAUCGAAAAUGGAAGUAGAAGUUACUAUGUUUUAUACCCCUGCUACAUAUUACCAUGAUUGUUUACCACUUUAA